UGUACUUUUGUUUAUUUAUAUUAAAAUAUUGAUCGAAAGGAAAGGAAAGUAAAAAGGUUUUCAUAGAAGGUCGUGUAGGGCUGAGAAAGAAAGAAGAAUCCCAACGCCGCUCUCUGUCUCAAUCUUAAACACCGUUAUCUGCUUUGGAUAUGCUCUCUUCUUCUCUUUCUUCUUUUUCCUUUUCCUUUAUAUCAUUGGCAACAAACUAUGAGGAUCAAACAUCAAACAGCUGGUGCACUUUCUGGAUCUCUCUUUAUUGUCAUUAUUGCUUAUUAUUAUAUCCAUUUUCAUGGCUGCCUUUGCUGAAAAUGGUGGGGAUACUGAAUUGAAUGGGAGUAACAGCAACGAUAGCAAGAGUAACAGUCAUAGCCAUAGCCAUAGUACCACUGCAAGCAGUAGCAAAACUCAGGUUAUAACAGGAAUUGAAGGAAAAGGAAAGAUGGUGAGGAAGAGAAUGGCUUGUGAAAUGAUGGAGGUGCAAGCAGCGAAUCAAAACCAGAGGUGUUAUAGAAGGAUUAGUAGUAAUACCAAUAAUAACAAUUCUCUUUUGGAUGAUAAUAGUAAUAUUAUUGGUUAUUCUUCUUUGACUAAUACCGUUAACCCUAACCAAAACCCGAACCCGAACUCAUACCCAUCACUCAACAACUACUCCACUAUGAUGAGUAUGACUAUGUUACCUUCUUCCACAAACUUGACAUCUAUGACGUCAGGCGGGUCUGUUUCUGUGUCUUUGUGUGGGUUUCUAUCCUCUACAGGAACGACCAACUUUACUUGUAAUGACACCCUUUCUUCCUCACCACAGCCACAUCCACCACAAAGUCAGCUUCAGACCCCAGCCGUUUGUGGCUUCUCUGGUCUUCCUUUGUUUCCUUCUGAAAGAGAAAGGAAUCGAAACGCUGUCGUUCCUGUCGUCGUCACUACUACUUCUACUACUUGCAGCUCUACUCCUCUUCCUCCUACUCCUACUCCUACUCCUACUACCAUGGAAGACGCCUCCGCUACGGCCUGGAUAGAUGGUAUUAUUAAAGAUCUUAUCCAUAGCUCUACUAAUGUUUCUAUUCCUCAGCUUAUUCAGAAUGUGAGAGAGAUUAUUUUCCCUUGCAAUCCUAGUCUUGCUUCUCUUUUAGAGUAUAGACUCCGGUCACUGGUGGAGCCAAUCCCUAAUUAUCCGGCAGCGGUGGAUAGGAGGAGAAAGGAUGCGGUUCCGGCUAGAGAUUACAAUAAUCAAGGACAAAGCUCUUCGGGUUUGACUCUAAAUCUUGAAAAUGUUAACAUUUACUCAUCAUUACCGGAUUCUACUGCCGCCGCAUCAGUGACUGCGCCGCCCGUACUAAAUCAGUACUCUAGUUGGGUAUCGUCACCUCCGCUGGUUUGCCAAACGAACAAUCAAGUCCAUCUUGUUCACGAUCAACAACAACAACAACAAGAAGCCAGUCCGUCUUCUACUUCAGUUACACCACCUCUUCUCGCAUUGAAUCAAACGCAUCCACAACAACAAGAACAGGAAAAAUCCUCAUCUGCCGAAACAGAAGCCGCAGCAACCACUGGAAUAGUUACAACGCCGACUUCAUUACCAGCGGCUGCAGGAACUAGCGUAAGAGAGAAGAAAGAAGAGUUACGGCAACAAAAGCGUGACGAAGAAGGCUUACACCUUCUAACUUUACUUCUUCAAUGCGCAGAGGCAGUUUCUGUAGAUAAUUUCGAAGAGGCGAAUAAGAUGCUAUUAGAGAUCUCAGAACUCUCGACGCCAUACGGCACGUCGGCGCAGAGAGUAGCAGCCUAUUUCUCCGAAGCAAUGUCUGCAAGGUUAGUGAAUUCUUGUUUAGGAAUAUACGCAACGCUACCAUCAAUGCCUAUUAGCCAUACACAAAAAAUGGCAUCAGCUUUUCAAGUCUUCAAUGGAAUUAGCCCUUUCGUUAAGUUUUCUCAUUUUACGGCUAACCAAGCAAUACAAGAAGCUUUUGAAAGAGAAGAUAGAGUGCAUAUAAUAGAUCUGGAUAUCAUGCAAGGGUUACAAUGGCCGGGUUUAUUUCAUAUUCUAGCUUCAAGACCUGGUGGACCUCCGUAUGUUCGUCUUACAGGGCUGGGCACCUCCAUGGAAGCUCUCGAAGCUACUGGAAAGCGUUUGUCUGAUUUUGCACAGAAAUUGGGACUUCCUUUUGAAUUUUUCCCGGUCGCCGAUAAAGUUGGUAAUUUAGACCCAGAAAGGUUGAAUGUUAGCAAGAGAGAAGCAGUCGCCGUUCACUGGUUGCAGCAUUCCCUCUACGACGUCACGGGUUCCGAUACCAAUACUCUCUGGCUAUUGCAGAGGUUGGCACCAAAAGUGGUGACAGUAGUAGAACAGGACUUGAGUCAUGCAGGAUCAUUUCUGGGUAGGUUUGUAGAGGCAAUACAUUAUUACUCGGCUCUGUUCGACUCACUCGGAGCCAGUUAUGGAGAAGAGAGUGAAGAAAGACACGUAGUAGAGCAACAGCUACUUUCUAGAGAAAUACGUAAUGUUUUAGCAAGAGGAGGGCCGUCAAGAACUGGAGACCUGAAAUUCCAUAACUGGAGGGAGAAACUACGGCAAUCUGGAUUUAAAGGCAUUUCUCUUUCCGGAAAUGCUGCUACUCAGGCAACUCUACUUCUCGGUAUGUUCCCUUGUGAUGGUUAUACAUUGGUAGAGGAUAAUGGUACUCUUAAACUUGGGUGGAAAGAUCUUUGCUUGCUUACGGCUUCUGCUUGGCGGCCUUUUCAUGCUACUACUAAUACUGGUACCAUUCAUCAAUACCAUCAUCAUCAUCUCCAUCACCACCGAUUUGCCACUGCAUAAUCUUUGCUGGGAAAUUGUUAGUGUGAGUUAAAAAUUGUUUGGUCGUAGCCUCCUCUUAUACCAAUUUGAUUGAAUAGUUUGUUCUUUAAUGUGUUUGGUUAUGUUUUACCAUAUGGUUACAAUAUUAUCACUCAUUUCGGAUCUCUAAUGUGAAAUUCUGAGGGAUUUUGAUUUAGCACAUGUAAUAUAUGAGAAAAAUAUUUUUAUCUAAUUUUGUUCGA